AUGUCAUCUAUAAACCAGGCAGAUUUCCUCAAGCAAGGUGACGAUGUCAAGCGAUACAAGGAAAUCUGCAGCAUGGAUGUACCACUUAAUUCACCCGGUCUUUCAGAAGUUAGCUUUCAAGAUUUCCUGGGUUAUUUGUUACCGCGUGUUGAAUUACAGUUAGCAUUAAUGUUCACCGUGGCGCAGGCCCUGCAUGCGUUGUUCAAGCGUUUUAGUUUUCCUCGGAAUUUUUCUGAAAUCCUGUCAGGAAUCAUUUUAGGAAAAACAUUGCUGGGACACUUGGUGGGAUUUGACAAGCAUAGACUAUUGUUCCCGGACGAUGAUAUAAUUCUGGACACAUUAAUAAAACUGGCAUUCAUAUUCUACAUGUUUCUAGUUGGAGUGAAGAUGGAUCCCAGCAUGGUUACAAAAGCCGGAAGAAAGGGGUGGUCCAUUGGCCUUGUUGCGGCGGUUGGGCCUUUAAUCCUAGGCUCCUUUAUUGGCAGUGACAAAAUGUUGGAAUAUUAUUUGCCAAUUUACAGAAGACCUGCUGUGAGAGCUGUGAUCAGGAUUAUAACAUUAUCCCCUUUUCCUGUCAUCGUCGCCCUUCUCAUUGACCUCAAGAUCAUGAAUUCAGAGCUUGGGCGCCUUGCAUUAGCUGCAGGACUCAUAGUUGAUAUGUUUUAUGUAUGUCAAAAUGCAGUAUCAACUACUUUCAGAAUUUACACUUCAGAUUAUGGAGCUCCAGUUAUCAGCCUUACCUUGAUAGAGAGCAUUAUGAUAAUGGUUGCUUCGGUGGGCUGUCGUCUGCUCUUCUUAAAAAUUAUCCAAUGGACCCCUGAAGGAAAGCCUGUCAAGAACUACUAUAUUUCGCUCAUUUGCUGUGGUGUUAUUGUGGGUGCUUUAGCAUGUGAUAAUGUCGGUCUGCCGUUCAAUUUUGCUCCAUUCGUGAUCGGGUUGGCUGUUCCUUCUGGACCGCCUCUAGGCUCAGGAAUUGCGGAUAGGAUGGACACUUUCAUAUCAGGCUUACUAGGGCCUUUCAUUCUCACAUAUUCUGCAACAAAGAUGGAUUUAGCUGUGUUUUUCGAUUUCUCCUUUAUGUAUACAAUACUUUUUGUGUUAGGUUCAAUUACUGUGGGGAAGUUAGUAUUUGUGUUUGGAACGGCUAUGCUCAACAAGAUGCCUGUAAGAGAUGCUGUUAAUCUUUCCAUCAUCAUGGCUACACAGGGUCUUGUUCAAGGUGCACUCUACGAAAGUGUGUAUAAACUUCAGUCCAUUGAUAACGAAACCUUUACGGUGGUUCUUCUAUCAAUACUUGUAAUGGCAUUAGCGGCACAUCUUUCCGUGGGAAUUCUCUAUGAUUAUUCAAGAGCAUACUCGGGCUAUCAGAAAAGAAACGUUCAACACACUCCAUAUAAUGCUGAGCUACGAGUCCUUGCUUGUGCUGACAGGCAAGACGACGCCAUUGCAGCCGUUAAACUUCUAGAAAUUUCCAGUCCUACCAAAGAAAGUCCUAUAGCAAUCUACGCCCUCCACCUAGUGGAGCUUGUAGGGAGAGCUACACCAGUCUUAAUCAACCACGGAUUAGGCCAAAAGAACGCAGCCACUACCUCACGCUCACAUCAUCUCAUAGAUCUCUUUGAAAAGUUUGGACAACAGAACAUUGGAGUUGCCAAUGUUCAAGUGUUCACCGCCAUGUCAUUACCUAAAUUCAUGCACCACGACAUUUGUUCUCUUGCAUUCGACAAGUUAGUCUCACUUAUUAUCAUUCCAUUCCAUCGGAAGUGGAGUCCACAAGGCAAAAUCGUAUAUGAUAGCAAUGUACAGAGAACUAUAAACAGACAAGUACUCGAAAUGUCUCCAUGCUCAGUAGGCAUUCUUAUUGAUCGUCGCAAAAUCAGAGUCCACGAAUCAUCAAUGGAGAACGAAAAGGACUCCUUGUAUCACAUAUGUGUCAUCUUCUUAGGAGGUGCAGAUGACCGUGAAGCAUUAGCCUAUGCGAAGAGAAUGAUGGUAAAUUCAUUAGGCACUUGCCUAACAGUGAUUCGGAUAGUUACAGGAAAUGCAGGACAAGAGAAUCAGUGGGACACAAUUCUUGACACGGAAACACUAAGGGACAUAAAGAUGCAAGGAGCACACCAGAGAAACAUAGAAUACAGAGAGGAGAAAUCAAAAGAUGGACCAGAGACGGCAAUGUUGAUAAACUCCAUGCUGGAGAAUGGUGAUCUUGAUAUGAUAAUGGUGGGGAGGACACAUAAUGAGAAUUCGCCAUUGCUCACAGGCUUAACAGAAUGGUGUGACUUGCCAGAGUUGGGGGCCAUAGGAGAUAUUCUGGCUGCUGCAGAUGUUAGCCGACCUAUUUCAGUCUUGGUGAUGCAGCAGCAAAUUGUGGCCAAAAAAUGA